AUGUCGAGAAGUAAUCUUGGGGCUAGAAUUGAAUUGAUUUCUACUUCGGCGAGGGCAGUGCGGUUUCCAACCGUGUCUGAUAUAUUGAACCUUACUGACCGCAUCAUUAAGCUUAUUGAUGCGGCGAAAUAUAAUAAAGAAACAUUGCCUAUCAUGAAGUUAUAUGUGAUGGAAGUAAAGGCAGCCAUUCAUGAGAACAAGGAUAUUAUUGAUGAGGAAUAUACACUAGAUUUACUGAAAGCACUGGAGGAUUGGGAAAGGUUUCUCGAGCAAUAUACUAAACCUAAAAUGAAAACUUUGUUGAGAUUUCAGAAUGAUGAGCAAGCUCGGGAAGCACAAUAA